AGCGUGCGCUGGGCCACCAGGAUCCAGGACGUGUUCACGGUGGCCAAGCUUCUGGCUCUGGGACUCAUCAUAGCUGUGGGACUGGUGCAGAUCUGCAGAGGUCACUAUGAUGCUCUGAGACCCAGUCAGGCGUUUGAGUUCACACGGGACCCGUCUGUCGGUCAGAUAGCUCUGGCUUUCCUCCAGGCCUCCUUCGCCUUCAGCGGCUGGAACUUCCUGAACUACGUCACUGAGGAGGUGGUGGAGCCACGCAAGAACCUGCCCCGGGCUAUCUACAUAUCCAUUCCCCUGGUGACGUUAGUCUACACUCUGACCAACAUUGCAUACUUCUCCUCCAUGACCCCCGAAGAGCUGUUGGCAUCCAACGCCGUGGCCGUGACAUUUGGUGAGAAGUUGCUGGGCGUAUUCUCCUGGGUGAUGCCCAUCUCUGUAGCUCUGUCUACAUUCGGAGGAAUCAACGGCUAUCUCUUCACUUCAUCCAGGUUGUGUUUCUCUGGAGCCAGAGAGGGUCACCUGCCUUACCUGUUGGCCAUGAUCCACCUGAAAAACUGCACCCCUAUUCCCGCUCUGCUAGUCUGUUGCGGAGCCACCAUUGUGAUCCUGUGUAUCGGAGAGACUCACAACCUGAUCAACUAUGUCUCGUUUAUUAACUUCCUGUCCUAUGGAGUGACCAUCGCUGGCCUGCUGUACUAUCGCUGGAAGAGACCCAACCUGCUACGUCCCAUCAAGGUGAGUGUGUUGGUCCCUAUCAGUUACCUGGCGUUCUGGGCGGUGCUGCUGGGGUUCAGCCUGUACUCGGAGCCUGUGGUGUGUGGCAUGGGGAUCGUCAUCAUGCUCACCGGGGUACCCGUCUACUUCGUCGGGGUCCACUGGAAGAACAAGCCCAGAUGUGUCUACAGGGUCGUGGAGUGUGUGACCUACGUGGGUCAGAAGCUGUGUUUCGUGGUGUUCCCCCAAGAAGACCUGUCAGAGAUCACCCCCCUCACAGCCUCGGAUAAACACAAUGACUGAACGAGCCCCCUCCUCGGA